AUGAACUCCACACAGGUUUCAUAUUUUGCACUGGUUGCCUACUUUGACGCCAAGCUUUUCAAAUACGUGUUUUUCAUCAUUGUUCUGAUUUUAUACAUUGCCGUUAUUUGUGCGAACGUGUGUGUGAUCGUGGUCAUCUGCGUGAACAGAAGCUUACAUGAACCUAUGUACCUUUUCCUGGUCAGCCUGUGUGUGAAUGAGCUGUAUGGUAGUUCAGGGUUGUUUCCCUUCCUGCUGCUUCAGAUCCUCUCUGACCUUCACACCGUUUCUGCUGCAGCUUGUUUCCUGCAGAUCUUCUGUAUUUACUCGUACGGAAGUAUCGAGCUUUUAAACUUGGCCGUCAUGUCUUACGACCGAUAUCUGGCUGUUUGUUUCCCUCUGCAGUAUAACGCGCGCAUGACCAACAACAAAGUUAUCAUCCUCGUUGCUCUGAUAUGGUUUCUCAUAUUUCUUGUCAAUUUUUUGACGUUAUCUUUGAUUGUCCCUCUGCAGCUUUGUGGAAACGUCAUUAACAAAGUCUACUGUGACAACCACUCGGUCGUCAAACUGGCGUGCUCCGACACUUCGGUCUAUAACGUCUACGGACUCUCUGUCACGUCUUUAUCAGUGUUUUGUCCUGUUAUUUUAAUCUUUUCCUCGUACAUAAAGAUCCUCAGAGUCUGUUUUUCGGGCUCCAGACAGACGAGGCAGAAAGCCGUGAGCACCUGCACGCCUCACCUCGCCUCGCUGCUCAACUUCUCCUUCGCAGCUUUCUUUGAGAUUUUACAGAGCAGGUUUGACAUGAGCGCUGUGCCCAACGUGCUGCGCAUUUUUCUAUCGUUAUACUUUCUCACAUGCCCACCGCUCUUUAACCCUUUGAUGUACGGCCUGAAACUUCCUAAAAUCCGCGUCGUAUGUAAACAUUUGAUAUCAAACUUCUUUGAAAUAAAAUUGAGUUUGAUGUAA